CGUGGGCGCGUCUCUUAGCUUAGUAAGGCAAAGAAAAAUUGUGAACCCGAGCGAUUGUCAAUCUUUCACGCGCGCCAGGGAUAGGUGGGCUGUGGCCGGUGAAAUCGUCAUCAGAGCGUCGCAAUACAUUCCAAACCUUGAACCUGAUCGCAUCGGCAAAACGAUGUCGCUCGGAUCGCUCGACGACCGAUACAUUAACACCUAGACGCAGACCUUUGCAUGAAUCUACCUCAUGGAGAUCACUCUGUUUCAUUGAGCUCGCGGGUCGGGGCCGUGUUCAACGAGGUCUUGACUGGCCGCCAGGGUCCGCGGCCAAGUCGUCACAAGAAGAUCAGUCGGAGAGCUCUGAAGGAGACAGUCGAGGGGAUAUGGGUAGUGGCCAUCGGUCUGAGACGCUCUUUUCUCCUUGAAACGGUGCAGCUCGAUGAGCGGGACUGCGUUGCGAUUGGGGAAUGCUUCCAGACAAUGCCAGACUUGAAUCACAUGGUCAUGAUUUUUGAGUCGACCAGCGCAUCGGCAUUUGCGCUCAACCUGGAUUUACAUCGCAAUAUGAGCGUAAACCCGGAUGCUGGGGUCGCACUAGGACCAAUCAAGAUCGACGUGUCUUUGCCGGGUCUCAAUGUUGAACAGUUGGAUUUGUCUUCGAACCGGUAUCUCAUCUUGUUGCAAGAACAGCUCCAAGCUCGAUCUAGAACGGCAGUUCUGGCUCUCGUUCAACCCGAGGACUUUCCCGAACUCGCAGGGAUCUUGCUUGAGUAUCCAGUCAUCUACUCCUUGUCAGCCUCGGUAGUAGGCGGUAGCACUCACUUGGAUGGCGCACCUCUAACGCUGGUCAAGGCCUGGUUGAUUCGUCAGAAAUCCCAACCAAUCCUACUGUUAUCAUAUACUUACCCGCAGAGUAUCGAGUCUAAAACCUCUCUUCGAAACCUUCCCAUGGCGACCAAAACUCUGUUCGCCAACCGGAUCGUCAAAGCCGCUGAGAACGGUCGAUUUACCUCGGAAGAGGGUUUUGAUGUCGAUGUGACAGUGGAAACGAUCACCUUGGACCGAGUAGUGCUAUAAAACGUAUUCCGUAGGGCUGAGGGCGACGGAAAGGCUUCAUAUAGGCUAUACCUCGUUGAACUGUGAAUCUCUCACGAUGUAAGCAUGUAGCAUGAGCGAAAGUUCUGGUCGGCAAGAAUUGCUGUUGAGACACGGAGGGGCACCACCAGUCUACCACAGUGUAUAGCUUUCCUGCACACUGUUUUACCGUCAUACUCCCCAAAAUCCCCGCAUUCCGUAUGUUUAGCUGAGCAGAAGCUAGUAGUGUUACCCCUUGCGAAAGAUCGCGUCCUAUGUGGUCAAUUGUUCGUGACUGUGGCGUAUCGAUCGCCUUGACUCGCUUCACAGUAAAAGUUCUAUUGGUAGGUCAUGGCGAAAACCAGUUGUCUAUACAGCGAUCAGGUGGGGACUAUGUGACAACCCAGCUCGUGAACCCCCCAACAUCGGAC